CAAUGAUUACAAAAUCAUGCAUGCCGGAUCGAUCGAUCGAUCGACGUAUGUGACCGCAGGCACGUCCGUCCACGUAACGACCAAUCAAUGAAUGUUGUUCACACACACAGCCGCGAAGUCAAAAACCGAAAAUAUUUUGGCCUUCAGUCGGUCGGUAACGCCUUCAAAAAUAUUGGCUGAAUAUUUCACAUCAAAACUAUGACGGCCGCCAAUUCCAGAAAUGGCUGAAUAUCAGUUGUCGAGGGAAAGUUGGAAAACAUUUGAUGAACUGACCUCGUCACACGAGAGAGAUCGUCAACAACAUUUUCUAAAUUAAUUUCAAAAACUCUACAUAUGCUGCCAUCAAUGUGCAGCAAUCCGACAGGCUUCACCGUCACGUGACUUUACCUCGGAAAGUGAUGGAGAAAUCAGUCACGAUCGACUCGAGGAGGAAAGCGCACUUCCGGUUUUUAGAAACAAAAUGAUGUUGUCCUUCUGGUGUGCCGUCGUCAAACAAAGUCCGUCUGGACACGUGAGAACAAUCUGAGAUCAGCAACUUUUUAUCAGGCUCCAAUGUGCAACACGGCAAUUUGGUAAACCGCCAACCUUGAGGUUGCAUUUCAGAAAGUUUCCUUCCUAUUUGAAGUCCAAAUUGGACAUGACUGUUGUGUUUUUCAAGUAUUCAAGAGGCCGAACGUUCUUCAUUCAAAAGUCUUUUUUUGUUGUCGUUGGACGCGGUGCCGCUUCCGAGCAUGUAACGCACAAGACGGGCUAAUGGAAGGUUAGCUUCUGUGUCGUAGCGAAUUUCAAGCUUCGAUCCUGCAAGAAAAACGUUUCAGCAGACCAGACAGACAGACAGGAGACCUUCUCUGCCUUUUGAUUUUGUCUUCCGGUUGAGCUCGUUGUCGCCAAACGCUGAGCCACGGCGGGAGCGCCGUAACGUACCGAAUGCGUUGCCGCGCGUAGGUGUGAUGUAAAGCGAUGCUGGGCCCGCCCCGAUGGCUCCGGUCCCGCUGCGCUACUUCUGCUGCGGCUGCGUGGUGACGUCGGCCGCGUGGACCCUGCUCCUCUUCCUCUACUUCUCGUCCACGGCGGAUCUGGGCCUCGGCAGGACCCCCGUGGGACCGCGUCGCCGCGACGUCGCCGGGGAGCCGGCCCGGCGGCGGGGGGCCGCCGUCGAGUUCUCUCCGGAAAUGGGUAUGAUCUUCAAUGAGGCCGACCAGGAAGUGCGAGACACGGGCUACCAUCAACACGCCUUCAACGUGCUCAUCUCGCGUCGCAUCGGUCCUCACCGCCAGCUGCCUGACACCAGAGACCAGAGGUGCGGGGACGAGGCCUACCCCGACCGUCUGCCGUCCGCCAGCGUGGUCAUCUGCUUCUACAACGAGGCCGUCUCCGCUCUCACCAGGACCGUCCACAGUGUGUUGGACCGGACCCCCGCCCGCCUCCUCCACGAAAUCAUCCUGGUGGAUGACCACAGCGAGCUCGUCGAGCUGAAGGAGGACCUGGACCGAUACGUCCGAGAACAGCUGCCCCGGAACGUCAGGGUGGUCCGGAACCAGAAAAGGGAAGGACUCAUCCGCGGGCGCAUGAUAGGCGCCAACCACGCCAGCGGUGAGGUUCUGGUUUUUCUGGAUAGUCACUGCGAGGUAAACCAGGUGUGGCUGCAGCCCCUGUUGGCGGCCGUCCGGGCGGAUCGCCACACUGUGGUCUGUCCCGUCAUCGACAUCAUUUCCGCCGACACGCUGGUCUACUCGCCGUCCCCGGUCGUUCGCGGCGGCUUCAACUGGGGGCUGCACUUCAAGUGGGACCCCGUGCCCGCCGCCCAAUCGGCGGGGCCCCGGGGAGCCGUCGCCCCCAUCAGGUCUCCCACCAUGGCGGGCGGUCUGUUCGCCAUGGACAGGAAGUACUUCGGCGAGCUGGGCCAGUACGACGCCGGGAUGGACAUCUGGGGGGGCGAGAACCUGGAGAUCUCCUUCCGGAUUUGGAUGUGCGGCGGGCAGCUGCUGAUCAUCCCGUGUUCCCGCGUCGGCCACAUCUUCCGCAAAAGGCGACCUUACGGCUCCCCGGGGGGCCACGACACCAUGGCCCACAAUUCCCUGCGCCUGGCUCACGUCUGGAUGGACGACUACAAGGAGCACUUCCUGUCCUUGCGUCCCGAGCUGCGCGACCGCGGCUUCGGCGACGUCAGCGAGCGUCUGGCGCUGCGCAAACGUCUGCAGUGCCGCUCGUUCCGCUGGUACCUGGACAACGUCUACCCUGAAAUCGACAACAAGCUGCAGGCGCCGCCGUUGCUUAGCGACAAAAAAGCCGCACGACCCCGGGUGCUGCGCAGAGGACGGCUGCAUAAUGCGGCGAGCGGACGGUGUUUGGUGGCGCAGACGCGGGUCAGCCAGAAGGGCGGCGCCGUCGUGCUGAGACCGUGUGACCCCGGCGACCCCGAACAGGAGUGGACGUACGACGACGAAGGUCAGCUCAUCCUGUCCAACCUGCUGUGUCUGGACGUGUCGGAGGUCAGGACCUCUGACCCGCCCAGGCUCAUGAAGUGUCACGGGUCGGGGGGGUCCCAGCAGUGGAGUCUGGGGAAGCCGGCGCGCGUGUACCAGGUGUCCGUCGGUCAGUGCCUGUCGGCCGCGCGGUCGCCGGGAGUCAGAGGUCACGUCGCCAUGGCGAUAUGCGACGCCUCGCAGCCGCAGCAAUGGAGGAUGGAGGACGGCGGACGGUGACGCGGUCGCCUGACGAUCCGCUGCUUUUUAAGACCCUUUUAUUUGUUUUUUUACAUUUUUGGCCACGGAGGCUUCCUGUAAAUAAACGAUUGAAAGUUUA